UUCGACUUGCAUUAAAAUACUUCUCUAUUGCGUUCACGAUGAAUGUCUUUUCAUUAUUCGGGUUUACACAAAUUUUUGAAGUUUUCCUAGUCAUUGCAUACGUAAAAGCAUUUUACAACGAAGAAGAACGAUUGUUGAAAAUGUUACUUGACAAAGCUCCACAUCCAGAUGUAUUACCCAGAGUGAACGGCCCUGUUCAAGUAAAGUUUGGUUUGACAUUAAAUCAAAUUAUAGACGUGAACGAAAAACAACAAAUAUUAACAACCAGUGUGUUUGUCAGACAGUCUUGGAACAAUCCAAGUUUCUCAUGGAAUCCAAAUCAAUUCAUGAACAUUACACAUGUAAAUAUUUAUUCUUCGCGUGUGUGGAAACCAGACGUGGUCUUGUAUGACAGUGUCGCUAGUGAAAAAAGUGGUGGUCAUCUAGAUGAAGCUAAGACAAGAAUAAUCGUGAAUUCUUCAGGCCACCAUCAAUGGUACACUCCGAUCAAUUUCGAGAGUCACUGCAAGAUAGAUGUACGCAACUUUCCUUUCGAUCAACAAGCAUGUGUCGUAAAACUUGGUUCAUGGACCUAUGAUGGAACAAGACUGGACAUCAUUCCAGAGGCAGCAAGUGCCGAUUUAGGUUCAUUCAAGACAAGUGCUGAAUGGUGCGUAAUGGAGUUUCCCGUGAAGAAGAACAUACUUUACUACGCAUGCUGCGAAGAACCUUAUGUUGACCUCACUUACACGCUUAGGAUCGAGAGAAAACCGCUGUCCUAUGUGUUCAACUUAAUUAUGCCAUGUAUUUGCAUCACAGUUCUGACAAUAUUAUCGUUUUGCCUACCACCAGAGUCAGGUGAACGUGUAUCACUAUCGAUCACCAUCAUCCUUGCAAUGACAGUCUUUAUGUUUAUUGUCGCCGACAAAGUUCCACCAAAUUCAGACUCCAUUCCAUUGUUGGGAAUAUUUUAUUUUGCAUGUAUGAUUGAGGAGACCCUCGGUCUCAUAGCUGUCUGCUACACCCUCAGCUUGUACUACACUGAUCCCAAAUGGUACAAAAUGUCCCCGUGGGUCAGAUGGCUUGUUACUGAAUUGGCAAGAAAGCUCCUGGGCAUCAACACGAAGGCGCCCGGACAUAAAUCUGAUUUGAUUCACCAAGAAAUAGCAGAAAAAGUCCCGUUCAGUAAAAAUGAGCAGCGUGAAAGCAGAAGCCGUAUAGGUUGGGGAAAAUUACGUGGAGAAGCAUCGUUUCAACAAACAUUUGAAACGACCACUGAACACUGGAAGUUAGCUGCAAUGAUAGUCGAUCGUGUUAUGUUUGUAAUCUUUCUCGUGGCUAUUAGCAUAACCUUUAUCGUAGUUCUUGCUACUGUUUCACAAGAAUGUAAGAAUUGAAAAAAAUGGUAAUAAAAAAAAGCGAACUGCGAGCACA